AUGGACGCCGGAUCCAGUCGACCCGACGAUGAAUUGACGCCUAUAGAUGAUCUAGAGGCUCUAGCGAAAUCUAUUACUGGCUCUCGUCGUGUCCCUGGCCGUCCUCCUAUUCUGAGGCGUAACAUAGAGGGAGAACCUAAUCCAGUUCCCGUCGCCGCCGGCGUUGUGAAUUGCUUUGUUUGGGAUAAUUAUCCCCACGUCCUUCAAGGUGGGAAAGUCUUGAAUCCCGAGUCCAUGAAACCUCUCCCUGGCCCUCCCCGCCGCCGACAUAAAAAUUUGCCGGAAGAAAACGGGCUCACUGUUUUAGCUAUUCGGGUCCGAGAUGGGGUUUUGGUUGGUAUUAAUCAUUUAAGCGAAGUGCUUGAGCCUAAAGGUUUGGCUUUGGAUGGUGUGGUACGGUUGAUGACCCAAAAACUGUCUUCUCGACCUGAGAAAGAUCAUGCUUUGUAUCGCGUGGAUGGCAUGGGCGGGCUGAUUAAAGGGAAUAUCUUCAUCACUGGCUGUGGAUUUAGACGGCUAUAUUCUUCUCUGAACUUGAGAAGACUGAUUGUUGUGAAACAAUCUUUUCCUGAUGCUAAGUCUGAUCUUGACCUCUCUCUCAAGGAAUCAUCCCACUACGAGGAAUAUUCUGUUUGGUCUCGUUGGUCUAUUGGUGAAGCGGCAAAGUUGGCCGCAAGAAGAUUAAGCCGGAUGGCAGCCAAUGAGGAGGACUGUGGAGAUUUAAUUAGUAUGUUCGGUCUGGAGCGUGAUGGGAUGGCGCGUCCACUCUUUUGUGACCAUUCUAUAAGCAAAUAUCUUCCGGAGGGCGGCGUGGGCCGUCCCGGUCCCCGAGUUUUCAUUGAUACGGAAUCCCUUGAGCUAGAUGAGUAG